AUGCCUAUAUCGAAUCGCUCUAUAGCGAUGCUGCUCAGCUGCCACCCCAAGGGGAAGGGAGGGCGGGAAAGUUGUCAGGUGGGGGAGGGGCGGAGGGUGAUGAGAGAGGAGGGAGAAGGGGAGCAGCAGCAGCAGCAGGGGACAGGAGAGUCAGAAGGCGGGUGGAGUGGAGGGGCAGUUGGGGAAGGGGCAUCAGAGGCGGGAGCGUGUGGGGUAGGAGCAUCUGGGGAAGGGCCUAUUGAGUACGUGGUGGGGCAGGAUGCAGCAGGUGACACAGAAGCAGGGGCGUUUGAAGCAACCGUGGGGGGGGGAGGAGGAAGAGCAUUUGGGAUGGGAGCAUGUGAAGUGACGCUGAUUGAAAAGAUGGAGAUCGCAGUGAGUGGAUCGUGGGCACGCACCCUCCCAGGCCCGCCUCCUCCGACCCUCAGACUCCGCCUCACCCACAUUCGACUGGCUGGUGGAGGGCACUGGGCAGUGGGCACCUCAUGUCCCCCCCCUUCUGCACUACCCCCUGUUAAUUCUUCCCCACCUGUGUUUGAGUGGCGGGUGGAGGGCCAUGGGUUCCUCAUAUCCCUCCCCUUCUUCACUACCCCUUGUCAAUCCCCCUUCCCACCCCAGCGCCCCCACAUAACAGUGGGCACGCACCCUCCCAGGCCCGUCUCCUCCGAUCCGUCAGACUCUGCCCCGCCGGUGUUCGAGUGGCGCGUGGAGGGCCAUGGGUUCCUGAUUUCUCGUGGGUUCAACCACACGGCUGUGGAUAUUAGAGUGGGGGGGUCGAGGCUGCAAGCUAAUUUGACCAACCAGCGCCACUGGAACCCGUCUGAUCCCGGGGCAGGCCCAGAGGGGUGGGCGGCACAGGCGUCGCAGCUGGUACCCGGGGGAUUGGGCGAGCUGCCAUGCCGCUGGUUUGUUAACAGCCUUGGUUCAACUGCCUCGUACCGCUUCUGGAAUGAGAGCGAGGGCGUGGAGGUGGAGGGGAGGGGGUGGGCGCACGAGGAGAAGAACUGGGGGGCGUACUUCCCUGCUGGGCACGUGUGGAUGCAGGGAAUGUCAUCUGACAACACCGUACAGCUUGUGGGAGCGGGAGCGUUUUUCCGCUUCGCCUCCCUCCCGUCCCUCCCCUCUCCACUCAUCCUCUCGCUCGGCCUCCGCACCCCACACCACUCCUUCGACUUCCGAUCAAUCGACCCCCUCACCUCCUUCUCUCCCCCGACAAUCGACUCCUGCUCCGGCCGCUUCUCCCUCGCCGCCCGGACGCCGACCGCCGCGCUGCGGGUGCGCGUGCGGGCGGCUCCGUCGUCUUUUAGCGGGGCGGUGUGGAUGCCGAGGGGGGAUGGGGAUUGGGAUGCCACUGGGCGGGAAAGCUUCAGAGUGCACGGGGAAGGUGCUGGUAGGGUGUAUAAAUACACGAUCUACAGUGCAGCGUUGGAGUUUGCUGGGGAGUACGAAUGUAAGCACAAGAAGGAAUAG